AUGACAACAAAUUCAAGCGAAGCAUUAACAAAUUCACAUCAUCUGUCACAUCUGACAGCACCAGUUCUAACCCAUGCUAGUUCAUCAACAACAAUUGCCUACUAUAAUCGUGAUCAAGACCGUUUAAACAACAAUACAGACGCCGGUACUGUUGAUUAUGGUCGACAAUAUCCAUUAUUACCGAAUCAAAAUGGAUUUACAUCAGAUAUGUCUACAACAAGAUCACUACACAAUUUACAAUUAAACACGAACAGUUAUUCACAUAAUGAUCAAAAUGACAUCUUCGAAGAUGCAGUAGAAAAUCUUAACGAUGAUAUCGGUGAUGCUACAAGAUCUUUACCAGCGUCGACGGGUGCAGGAGCAAUGACAGAAAAAGUAGUUGAUUUAACUCAAGGACUAAUAGAUGGAGCACACAUAAUGAAACUUAUAUUUCAAAAUCGUCUCAACGAAGCUUUAGUACUGGCUAAAGAUCAGUAUGUAUCAACUAGAUUAAUCGAACAGCGUAACUUGAUGGAUGACAUGGAAGCAACACUUCAAUCUUUACGACAAACAAUACAUUUAGCAAAAAAAAGAGAAACCUAUCGUUCUUGGAUAUCUUCAGCACUAACUGGCACGAAACAAGUCAUGGGUGAAUAUGAGCUGCAUGCCAAAUUAGUUUAUGCCGAAGCAUUAUUACUACAAGCAUUGCUGAUGUUCAUUCAAGAUCAAGGUUUAUUCAGUUUUCUUAGUGGUGCACUGAAAAUAAAAGAAUGUCAUGAUGCAUUUCUAAAACUAGCCAAAAACAAUGAUCCAUCUAAGUUUUCUACUCCGUUAUUGCAUGAACACUUUGAUUCUGGUGUUCGAAUGGGUAAUGGUGCAUUUAAUCUUAUGAUAGCCAGUUUGCCUCAACGAAUAAUAAAAUAUUUAGAAUUUGCUGGAUUUUCGGGUGAUAAGGAAUAUGGUUUACAAGAAUUGGAAAAAAGUUCAAAGAGCAAUGGCAUUCGUGCUCCGUUAUCAGCACUUUUUCUAUUAGGGUAUCAUACGUUUGCUGGUCAAAUAUUAGGCAAUGGCGAAGGAGAUGUAGAAUUAGCUCAUAAUUUAACAGAAAAUUAUCUCAGAAUAUAUCCGAAUUCGUAUAUGUUUCUCGUGUUUCGAGCUCGUCUGCAAACUUUACGAUGUCAUCUGAAUGAGGGAAUAAGUACUUAUGAACAGGCCAUUAGUUCACAAAAUGAUUGGAGAAAUCUUCACCACAUAUCUCAUUGGGAAAUAUUAUGGUGUCGAGUACUCCUACAUGAGUGGAAUGAAGCAGCUAAGAUGGCUGACAUUUUAUUAAAUGAAAGUAGUUGGAGUAAAGCGACAUACUGUUAUUUAUUAGCAACAUUUUUAUUCGAAGCAAAUAAAGAAGUUGCGUCAGAAGAUAUCAUCAAACUCUACAACCGCGUUCCUGGUUUAAAAAUUAGACUCGCGGGUAAAUCAAUUCCAAUGGAAAAGUACGCCAUAAAAAAAUGUGAACAAUUUCAAGUUCAAAAGUGGCUGUUUUUACCAGCAUUGGAAUUGGUGUAUAUAAUGAACGGCUUUUAUAUUUUAUACCAUAAUGAAAAACAAAUGAGAAAAACAUUGGACAUUGUAAAUAGAGGAUUGGAAAAUCUAAAAGCAACUCAUACAAAUGAUGCUUUUUUCGCGGAUAGUUUGGGAACAGGAUACUUGUUAAGAGGUGUCAUACUCUUUUUCCUUCAUCAUUAUGAUGAAGCACUUGAAGCACUGGAUGAAGUUCUAAGCUUGACAAAACAAUUUGAAGAAAAAUCUUAUUUACCUCCCAAUGCUCUAUUAGAAAAGGGCUUAAUCUAUACAGCCAUGAAACAAAACCAGAAAGCCUCUGAAUGUCUUCACAAAGCAUUAAACGAUCAUAAAGAUUAUCAGCUAGAAUCGCGUUUACAUUUUCGUGCUAACGCAGCAUUAUGGUCUCUUAAACAAAUGGAUGCUCAAGCACGAAAAGAAUCAAAAAAAUCGGGAUCAUCAAAUAAAAAAACUAGUGAUACCCGUUGUUAA